UAGAUUGGAUGGUUUAGUUGUCGUUUUACAGUCCCCAAGCGUGAGAGAUGUAAGAAACACCAUCAGAUUCCUUAUUUGUUUGAUUUGAGAAAUUAUAGCUAAAUAUUCGUUGAACGAAAGAGAUCACACUUCUUCGGUUCUCAUCUUUCCUCUAUUUUACUUGAAUUUUGGAGCUAUCUCUACUAUUUUUGGGUUUCGCUGUGAACAUCCGAACCUCGAGAAAUCUGGAAAAAAGGAAUGAAAUGAGUUGGUGAGUUGAGUCAGAUUUUUCUCCAUAGAUGACUACACGAUCGUUGCGAAAAUCGCCUCCUAAACUUCUGGUUCCCACUCUUGUUAUACUUUUCUUGACAUGUUUGUUUGGUAUCAUCACAAAUUUCCAAACCAUAUCAUAUCUUUUCCGUCCUCUUUGGGAUAAACCGCCACCACCUUUCAAACGAAUACCACAUUACUAUGCCGAGAACGUCUCCAUGGCACAUCUCUGUGAACUCCAUGGGUGGACACCACGAGCAGAACCGAGGCAAGUCUUUGAUGCCAUCAUUUUCAGCAAUGAGCUCGACCUUCUUGAACUCAGAUGGCAGGAGCUAGGACCAUACGUUUCAAAGUUUGUGAUCCUGGAAUCAAACACUACCUUCACAGGAAUCCCCAAGCCUCUCUUUUUCGAUUCCAACAAGGAGAGAUUCGCGUUCGCUGAGGGUAAAAUAGUACACGGAGUGUUUCCCGGGAAAAAGCGUUUGCAGGGGAUUCAACAGGAGGACCCGUUUUUGCUGGAGGGGCAACAACGAGUUGCAAUGAACUGGCUGCUCAAAGAAGCUGGUGUAUCGGAUGGAGAUGCGGUGAUAAUGUCCGAUGCAGAUGAGAUUCCGAGUCCGCAUACUGUAAAGUUUCUUCAGUGGUGCGAUGGGAUACCGAAUGUAAUGCAUCUGGAGAUGAGGGAUUACAUGUACUCCUUUGAGUUCCCGGUUGAUUACAGCAGCUGGAAAGCAUCUGUGCAUAUAUACAGCAGGAAAUGGACUCAAUACCGUCACUCUCGGCAAACAGACUUGAUAUUAUCUGACGCUGGUUGGCACUGUAGCUUCUGUUUCAGACGUCUCAGCGAAUUCGUUUUCAAGAUGAAAGGUUAUAGCCAUGCGGACAGAGUCAGGCGCAAGGAGUUUUUGGAUUAUUCGAGGAUACAAAAACAUAUAUGUAAAGGAUAUGAUCUCUUUGACAUGCUUCCUGAAGAAUAUAGCUUCAAAAAUUUGAUUAGCAAAAUCGGACCCAUCCCGCCUUCUGCAUCUGCCGUACAUCUACCUGCCUUUUUGAUUCAGAACGCUGCUCGCUUUCGGUUUCUCCUCCCUGGAGGCUGUCUCCGAGAGCCCUAGUUGAAGAUCCAAGUACAAAAUAGAGAAGCAAUGGUUUCUUGUAGAAAGGGUUUUUGGGGUUACACCAACUUAAUCCGAACAACAUAUAAACAAUGAAAUAGAUCGUUAUAU